AAGUUCUCGGAGUCCCCGCAGCCCUGAAUAGGGCUUGGAUUCUGCUGUUAAUCAGAGGCUCACUCCUUCCCCUGGGAAACCCAGGAAGGUGAGAAUGUUAUGGAAGAGACUUCAGAGACGUGUGGCGGCGCCCAUCUCUGGAUGGAUGAAUGAGGAACCGUCGUCUCACCAAAAGCAAACAGCACGGCUCCGGCAACACCGAGGAGGCCGCCCGCGCGCCGCCCUUCCACCUGGACCUCUGGUUCUACUUCACGCUGCAGAACUGGGUUCUGGACUUUGGCCGCCCCAUUGCCAUGCUGGUGUUCCCUCUCGAAUGGUUUCCGCUCAACAAGCCCAGCGUGGGGGACUACUUCCACAUGGCCUACAACGUCAUCACGCCCUUUCUCCUGCUCAAGCUCGUGGAGCGGUCCCCCCGCACCCUGCCGCGCUCCAUCACCUACGUCAGCAUCAUCACCUUCAUCAUGGGCGCCAGCAUCCACCUGGUGGGUGACUCCGUCAACCACCGCCUGCUCUUCAGCGGCUACCAGCACCACCUGUCUGUGCGCGAGAACCCCAUCAUCAAGAAUCUCAAGCCCGAGACACUGAUCGACUCCUUUGAGCUGCUUUACUACUACGACGAGUACCUGGGCCACUGCAUGUGGUACAUCCCCUUCUUCCUCAUCCUCUUCAUGUACUUCAGCGGCUGUUUCACUGCCUGCAAAGGGGAGAGCGUGAUGCCGGGGCCGGCCCUGCUGCUGGUGGCGCCCAGUGGCCUGUACUACUGGUACCUGGUCACCGAGGGCCAGAUCUUCAUCCUGUUCAUCUUCACCUUCUUCGCCAUGCUGGCCCUCGUCCUGCACCAGAAGCGCAAGCGCCUCUUCCUCGACAGCAACGGCCUCUUCCUCUUCUCCUCCUUCGCCCUCACCCUCCUGCUGGUGGCACUCUGGGUGGCCUGGCUGUGGAACGACCCCGUGCUCAGAAAGAAGUACCCAGGUGUCAUCUAUGUCCCUGAGCCCUGGGCUUUCUACACCCUCCAUGUCAGCAGUCAUCACUGAGCCCCUGGCACUCCGCUGGGUGGGGAGUGGCACCUGGGCGCGGGGUGUGUGCGGGUGCGGGCGUGGGUGGCAUGCGUGUGCAGCCAGUGCUGAGAACACGGGCGGAGCGUGCCUCGCACACAGGGAUUGGUGUGUGUGUGCACACGCGGCUGUUUGUGUGUGUGCAGAGUGUGUCAUUGUAAGACUUGACUACUCUCGUCAAGUUUCUGUUUGGCUUGGAUCUUUUUAGGAUGGGAUCUAGUUGCAGAGAGCAUGUUUAGGCCAGGAUCUGGGCCCCUGCCCUCCUCUGAGCCUGACAGUGUAGGGGGCCCGGCUCAGGGCUGCUCUGUUCUUCCUCUGUGCAUGAGAGGCCUGAGUAGGGCAGAGGCCAGGAGGGGACUUGUCAUUUUGCCCACCUCCUUCCUGGCUCGUCACUCAGGCCCCCCUGACCCCGGCCGAUAGGUUACAUGGGUUACAUCAACUUCCUGUGCAUUGCUGCGCAGAGCACUCUGCCCUCUGGGCCUCAUUUGCACUAGAUGAGCCCGUGGUCCCAAAGCCGGUCAGUGGGCUGGGGCUGCUGACUCCCCACAGGGCAGCCUGGGGAUGAGCAAGCGGCUGUGUCCUGUCACUGCCCUCUCCCAGCCUGGGAGGGUACAUGCACCCCAGACCCCCACUCACCCUGGCCCUGGGGAGCUAGGGGCCCCACUCACUGCCCUGGCUGCGCUGGCCUGGGCCGGGAGUCUGGCAGUGCUGGCUCUCCAGCCCCCAUCCCUCCCUCCGCCUGCUCCCACUCCAGAAGAGCAGUGGCACCGUGACUGCAGGUUUCUGACCGGCCCUGCAGGCAGAGUUCUCAAUCGCUGGCACUGCUCCCUGAGCCCCGUUGUAGGGCCGGGACACCUGGAGGCUCUCCAGUCGGCCUGUCCCAGCUGAGUCCCAUGCCUGCUGCUAGUGACCCCGGCCCCAGAGCAGGGCGCCUCCUCCUAGGCACGUGGGCCUCCCCACCCCACCUCCCAGCCCGCCCGCCUCCUUCCAGGCAGCGGUCAGGGUCCCCUCCAGGGUCCCCUCGUAGUGAAAGGCGCCACAGCCUCCUGUUUAGCCCGCGCUGGCCCACGUGUGGGUGCCGGGGCCAGCCUCGCCUUACCCGGGCCCAGCCUCCUCUCUGUGCUCUCAGGGAGCCCCGUACCUCAGACACUCCUUCCAUGUUGGGGUCCCCCAGCCCUUGGGUCAGUCCUGUCUGCUGGCAGCAUUGGGGGUGUGAAUAAAAGCUGGUGUGGGGCCAAGCCCGCUGGCGCCUGUUUCUUGCCCGGGUGUGAGCUGGGGAGGCGGGGCGGCUCCCGGAGUGGAGGAGAGAGAGGCUGCCGCUCUGGGGCCAGCUCCCAGAGGCCGCCCUGGGCAGCCCGGUCUGGCCAAGAGCGGGCACUCCCACGCCCACUGGCUCUGCCACUCCACAGGCUCUUGCGGGUGAGGCCGGGGUGGGCCUCUUCCUCCGGUCAGUCCCAGCUGACCCAGAGGAGGCUGUGGGGGGGGGGAGCAUCUCCAGUCCUUCCCCCAGGGCUGUCCCUUCGGGCCUCCCAGCUGCUCUGCGGCCUGUUCCAGAGCCUGAGGCAGAGGCUACCUUUCAGGGGAAGGCGGGAGGCUGGUGGGUUGGAGGUUGGCGCUUAGCCUGGGGCAGGCCCCUGGACCUCUUGGUUCUCAGUCUACCACACCAUGACCGGGGACAUUACUGGGGCUUGUGUCAUCAGACAACACAGAGGAGGGGCGGCGCAGGGCGGGAGAUGGCUCGACCCACGCGUCCUGUCCCCCACCUGACCAGCAAAUGCCUUUGCCUCCAACCCUGCCUUGGGGACACUGUCCCUGCAACCCCGUCCCAGGGCUGUUCUCCAUGAGCAGAGGCAGGUCUGACUGUGGGGCUCGAAGCUUACACAAUUUUGGGGCCCUUGAUAAGAAAACAAUAAAAGAAGUGAAUAAAAA